GCCAUCAGCUGGCAGCUGCCAGGAGAGGAGCAGAGAAGGCAUGAAACCCAGAGUGUGGGCUAGAGAAGCGAAGACCAGGAGCUUGCGGGGUGGGGAGCAGGGGAGGAGGUGUUCCGUCAGCCUUGCGACCGGCAACGUCACUGAAGCUGGGGACUCCUGGAGACUAUAAAGCGCGCCUUCAGCGCAGAUCUCAGCUCUCCCGCUGCUGCCUGGGAGCUCCUCCUAGGUAGGACCCAAGCAAGGAGAGUCUCUGGUUCUUUCCUCCCAGCAGAGCCGAAAACUCCCAGGAGUAAGUGAGGCUCCAGCUCUGCAGCCUUUGCCCCAUCACAGCAUCGCAGGGGGCGGUACCAUAACUGCCGGUUACCAAGGUGGUACCCAAAAACAACGUGCCCAGGGGGUGAAGAACUUCAAGAGAGCCGGCUCCUGCUGGCCGCCAGAGUGUGGCAGGUCCCAGGCUGCAGACUAUGGCCAUGGCCUCAGAAAACUGGACCGACGGGACGGUAGGACUGGGGACCCACACAGGGAAUCUGAGCGCCGCGCUGGGGCUCACUGAGUGGCUUGCGCUCCAAGCUGGCAACUUCUCUUCCGCGCUGGGAUUGCCAGCGCCAUCCCAGGCACCUUCCCAGGUCCGGGCCAACCUGACGAACCAGUUCGUACAGCCGUCCUGGCGGAUUGCGCUCUGGUCGCUGGCCUAUGGCUUGGUGGUGGCCGUGGCAGUCUUCGGAAACCUCAUCGUUAUCUGGAUCAUCCUAGCCCACAAGCGCAUGAGAACGGUCACCAACUAUUUCCUGGUAAACCUGGCUUUCUCUGACGCCUCCGUGGCUGCCUUCAACACCUUGGUCAAUUUCAUCUAUGGUCUUCACAGCGAGUGGUACUUUGGCGCCAACUACUGCCGCUUCCAGAACUUCUUUCCCAUCACAGCGGUGUUUGCCAGCAUCUACUCUAUGACAGCCAUUGCAGUGGACAGGUAUAUGGCCAUUAUCGAUCCUUUAAAACCUAGACUAUCUGCCACAGCCACGAAGAUUGUCAUUGGAAGUAUUUGGAUUUUGGCCUUUCUACUUGCCUUCCCACAAUGUCUUUAUUCCAAGAUAAAAGUCAUGCCGGGCCGUACUCUUUGCUAUGUGCAGUGGCCAGAAGGUCCCAAGCAACAUUUCACGUACCACAUCAUUGUUAUCAUCCUGGUGUACUGUUUCCCAUUGCUCAUCAUGGGUGUCACUUACACCAUCGUUGGAAUUACUCUCUGGGGAGGAGAGAUCCCAGGAGACACCUGUGACAAGUACCAUGAGCAGCUGAAGGCUAAGCGAAAGGUUGUAAAAAUGAUGAUUAUUGUGGUGAUAACGUUUGCCAUCUGCUGGCUGCCCUACCACGUGUAUUUCAUUCUCACAGCGAUCUAUCAACAAUUAAACAGGUGGAAAUACAUCCAGCAGGUCUACCUGGCUAGCUUCUGGCUGGCCAUGAGCUCAACCAUGUACAAUCCCAUCAUCUACUGCUGUUUGAACAAACGAUUUCGCGCAGGCUUCAAGAGAGCAUUUCGCUGGUGUCCUUUCAUCCAGGUCUCCAGCUACGAUGAGCUGGAGCUCAAGACCACCAGGUUUCAUCCCACACGGCAGAGCAGUCUAUACACCGUGAGCAGAAUGGAGUCGGUGACUGUGCUGUUUGACCCCAACGAUGGGAACCCAACCAAAUCCAGUCGCAAGAAGAGGGCUGUACCCAGAGACCCCAGUGCUAACGGCUGCUCCCACAGAGAUUCCAAAUCUGCCUCCACCACAUCAAGUUUCAUAAGCUCACCCUAUGCUUCUGUGGAUGAAUAUUCCUAAAUCCUUGUACCGAGGUAAAGGCUGUCGUGAGGCCGCCAUGAGGCCAGCCUAGGUCCCUCAUUCUCCUAACCAUGCCAGGUCCUGUUCUAGGUACUUUGGGGAAGCAGAAGGGCAGUUCUUAGGUAAGGAUACUUAAUCUGAGAAAAGUGGGAUACCAAUGUAACAAAAACUACCAAUAUGUCAGCCAGCACAAGGAAAACUGAGUCUUCAAUUUAUUCUUUAAGAAUCCAAAUGGUCAUAUGCAACAAGUACAGUGUGUGAAUUUGAAAAAUGCCCUAAGUGUCCAGUGUCUGUCAUUUAACAAUGGCGGUGUGCCUUUGUGACAGCAGAAGAGCAGAGGGGUUUUCCAAGAGAUUCAGGAAGCUCUAAAAUGCAGUACUGAGCAAAGGGAAACAUGACCUGCAUAAAACAGAAGCUGUGUGGCUAUAGAGUGGAAAGGACUGACUUCCCCACACAAGGAAUGGAAAAAUCAGCCUCAAAGAGUAGGAAAAUAUGGAAGUCUUUGCUCAAGAAAAUUCAUCUUAUAGAAUGAAAAUUUUCAGAAAUUCCCUCCAAGACAUUUAGCAAAAAGGGAGAGAGACUCAAAUUAUUGCCCAAACACAACAUGUCUUUCUCUCAAUUAUUUUUCCCAAGGAAAUAAUUUCAAAAGGAAAAGGAAUCGUCAUCUGAUUUUGACCACGAGGUGUUUUGAGUGCUAAACUAAGUUUCAGUCAAAUUUGGGCCUUUAAACAACAAAGAAAAUUCUUACCAUCUUCUUUAUUUUAUUUCUCACGCUUUUUUAAGAAUUAAGUAGAUUGUAAAACAUUAAAGGUAGCUUCUAAUGCAAAAGGAGAGAUUCACUUGCUUAAUUUGGGUAACAUGUUAAUAGAACUUAGAAGUUAUCAAGCCAGACACUAGCAUCUCCAAGUCCCCAAGCCAGCUGCUUCCCACUGCCAUCCAAAGGAAAAGUUGAAGUCAUGAACUUUAUUGGUUAUGUCAUGGCAACCUCCCCUUCUUUCCUCACUGGGGGAAAAAAAGCCACUGGGGAAGUAUCGCAGUAUGUUUCAAGUGUAAGCUGAGUUACCAAAGGACAAAUUGAAAAAUAUUAAUAUCUGUACUGAUAAAUCAGAGAAGACAUAGUAGUACAUAAGUAGCUGGCUAGAAAAGGAAGUUGCAUAGUUCUCUGGAGACAUAAGCUACAGAUGAGGAAGAAGACAGCACACACCCUUCCAGGCACAAAACUCUGAUUGUCUGUACUUAGAUAAGGGAAAGUCCCUCCAGAAAGCAAUGAAUUAGUGAUACUCAUGUCUGUGUGUCUGUCUGUGUGUGUGUAUGUAUGCCUCCCUAAAGCUUGUCUGACUUAUCUAAUGUACAUUAGUACUUCUUCCCCCCUAUAACUGCUUCCCUUAUUGAUUUAUGCUUGGAAUACAUUGUGAUGUUACGUCCUUUCAAGUUAGGGGAUCUGACACAUGAAGGCACAUUGAAAAAGCCCAGAACAAAAUAAGAAGCAUCUGGAAAUGUAGACCAUGUCUUCCAGACUAAAUCUUUUACAAGUCGUCUUUCCUUACGUUACCACAACUGUUGAUUCUGUGCACAAAAUGACAAGCCUUCUGGGAAUGAGAUUUGUCCCACAAACUUGUCUUUUCCAACAUUCAAGCAGGUUUUAUUAACUAUCUGUCUAAAGUACUUGCCUCUAACACUUUUUUUUAUUUUGCAUACUCUGUCAAUAGGGAUAUUUCUGAAGAGUAGGGCAGAGGCAAUUACCUGAUAGUAAAUCAUAGUGGAUUAACACAGCAUUUGACUCCCACCCUUCUUUUCCCAUUUGAAUCCCAAACCAUAAAUACCCAAUUCUUAUACAAUUUCAAUUCUCUAAAGUACCAAAUUAUAUAUGUUUGAGUUUACUUUAAUAACUCCAAUAAAUGAGCAGACAACCAGAUACACAUAUGAGUGUGCAGAGAAACACUAUCAAAAAUGAAUGUAACUGCUUCAAGGAUUGAGUUCAAAAUUAAAACCCAAAAUGCAAAUGGUCACUGCAGGAUUGCCACAAAAAACCCCUCAGUGAUGUCUAUGCAGCACUGUAUGCAUGUUUCCCCUUAGCGAUUGUAUUAAGUAUCUCAUUGUCUGAUAUAGUGUUUUAAAAUGUUUAUUCUUAAAAUAUGUAAGUGCUUGUCAAAUGUAAAAUCAUUAUGAAAACCU